GGGAGAAACAGAUUUCGUCCAACUCAACUGCAGCACCUUCGGAUGGACGGUGAAGGCCUGUGGUGGUGGGUCAAGGCUAGUGGGUGAACGUCGAUCUGCUGCUUGCUAUUGCUGCCUGCUGUUGCCUGCUGACUACCGAUAUGCUGGAGAGACGAUGAACGCCGAUCUGCUGCCUGAUCUACUGCCUUGUGGUUUCUUCUUUGCCGGAAAAGAGAUGGAGACUGAAGAAUGGAGACUGGAGAGUGGACAAGCCAAGAAGGAGAACGAUGGAUGAUGAAGAUCUACUGCCCGAUCUACGGAUGGACGAUGGAUGAUGAAUGCACAUGUGGGUUUUCUGAUUUUAUUUGGUUGUGGUAACUGGUAAGAGUUGAGAGUUGGAACUUGGAAGAGUUGAGAAUGGAAUGAAAUUAGAAACCCCAA